AUGAACCCCACGGAUGUAGCAGAUACCACACAGGAUGAGACUGUGUACAACAAUUACUACCUCUAUGAAAGCAUGCCCAAGCCUUGCUCCAAGGAGGGUAUUAGGGCAUUUGGGGGGCUCUUCCUGCCCCCUCUUUACUCUUUGGUCUUUCUGUUGGGUCUCUUUGGGAAUUCUGUGGUGGUUCUGGUUCUGUUCAAAUAUAAGCGGCUCAAGUCUAUGACCGAUGUGUACCUGCUUAAUCUUGCCAUCUCAGAUCUGCUAUUUGUCCUUUCUCUCCCAUUUUGGGGCUACUACGCCGCAGAUCAGUGGGUUUUUGGACUAGGUCUGUGCAAGAUCAUUUCAUGGAUAUACUUAGUGGGCUUUUACAGCGGCAUCUUCUUCAUCAUGCUCAUGAGCAUUGACAGAUACCUGGCCAUCGUGCAUGCAGUGUUUUCCUUGAAAGCGAGGACCCUGACCUAUGGAAUCAUCACCAGCUUGGUCACAUGGUCAAUGGCUGUGCUAGUCUCCCUCCCUGGCCUUUUGUUCAGCACUUGUUACACUGAGCACAACCAUACCUACUGUAAAACCAAGUACUCGGUUAACUCCACCACAUGGAAGGUCCUCAGCUCCCUGGAGGUCAAUGUCCUAGGGCUGGUCAUCCCCCUGGGCAUCAUGCUGUUCUGUUAUUCUAUGAUCAUUAGAACCUUACAGCACUGCAAGAACGAGAAAAAGAGCAAAGCGGUGAAGAUGAUCUUUGCUGUGGUGGUCCUGUUUCUUGGCUUCUGGACGCCCUACAACAUAGUGCUUUUUCUGGAGACUCUGGUAGAACUGGAAGUCCUUCAAGACUGCACCUUGGAACGGUACCUGGACUAUGCCAUCCAGGCCACAGAAACCCUGGCCUUUGUUCACUGCUGCCUCAACCCAGUCAUCUACUUUUUUCUGGGGGAGAAAUUCCGCAAGUACAUCGGCCAGCUCUUCAGAACCUGCCAGGGUCCCUUCCUGCUCUGCCAAUACUGUGACUUUCUCCAGCUCUAUUCGGCUGACACCCCCAGCUCCUCUUAUACCCAGUCCACUGUGGAUCAUGACCUCCGGGAUGCUCUGUAA